UUUUCCUCUUGUCAUCUAACACAUUGCCACAACAGUUUAUAGUUGGUGCUAUCUCUUUUUUCUUCCCUUGAGCGUUUUUGCUUUUACCACCCCAACUUCAACUUCAGCCAGAACACUGUUUAAGUUCAUGCCAUGUUGGCCAACUACGGAUUCCAACUUUUGUUUCCUUGUACUUCACUGUUUACAAGGUUAAUUAAUCUCAGUUCCUAGAAUUUCUCAUUUUCAUUUUCAUUUUUCAACAACUUCUAGUCCAAGAGAAUAAGCAUAUAUUCUGUUAGUGGUGUGUGCUUUCACUUUUUGCUUUUAUGAGGGGUCUUAAAGGCAUCUUUACAGUGCUGCUUGCAACUACUAGAAUUGAACAAAGUGGUAGUGAGUCUCCUUUGUUGUAAAAGGGUCAUCUCUAAUUUGGACUACUACUACUAUGCCUCCUUCAAACUUCCCUCUUCGUUGGGAGAGCACAGGAGACCGAUGGUGGUAUGCAUCUCCAAUUGAUUAUGCUGCUGCAAAUGGCCUCUAUGAUCUGGUCACUGAGCUUCUCCACCUUGACACCAACCUCCUCAUUAAGCUCACUUCCCUUCGCCGAAUUCGCCGCCUUGAAGCCGUGUGGGACGAUGAGUCCAAGUUUGAGGAUGUUGCCAAGUGCCGGUCCAAGGUUGCAAGGAAUCUUAUGAUUGAGUGUGAGACAGGAAGAGGGCACAACUCUCUUAUCCUUGCAGGCUAUGGUGGAUGGCUUCUCUACACUGCUGCUUCGGCUGGGGAUGUAGACUUUGUUCUUGAGUUGUUGGGGAGAGACCCUCUUUUGGUGUUUGGUGAGGGAGAGUAUGGUGUCACUGACAUGUUUUAUGCUGCAGCCAGGGGCAAGAACUGUGAGGUCUUUAAGCUCCUGCUUCAUUCUGCUCUUUCAAGAAAGGAGUGCCUUGGUGGCAGUGAAGCAGAAUUGGAAGAGAAGUUGGAUGAAGGUUCUAAGGUUUUCAAGAGGGAUGUGAUGAAUAGGGCCAUUCAUGCUGCUGCCAGAGGAGGGAAUUGGGAAAUACUGAAGCAGAUUCUAGGAAGUGUUUCUGUUUCUCAGGUUUUGUCUUAUAGAGAUGCCCUAGGAUGUACUGUCUUGCAUGCAGCAGCUGCAAGAGGCCAGGUUGAGGUGGUGAGAAAUCUAAUUGAAUCCUAUGAUAUCAUCAACUCAGCUAAUGCUCAAGGCAAUACAGCAUUACAUGUGGCCUCUUACAAAGGUUACUUACCCGUGGUAGAGAUUCUGGUUGGAGCAUCUCCCUUGUUAGCAACGUUAACCAAUCACUAUGGAGAUACUUUUCUUCACAUGGUAGUGGCUGGUUUCAGAAGCCCUGGUUUCUGUAGACUGGACAAGCACACUGAGCUCAUGAAGCAACUGACAAGUGAAAAGAUUGUGAACAUGAAGGACAUCAUCAAUGUCAGGAACAAUGAUGGAAGAACAGCUCUUCAUGUUGCUGUGAUUCAUAAUAUCCAAUGUGAUGUAGUGGAAUUACUGAUGUCUUUUCCAUCAAUUGAUUUGAAUAUUCGCGAUGCUGAUGGGAUGACCCCCUUGGAUCAUCUUAGACUAAAAUCACGAUCAGCAUCUUCUGAAAUCUUAAUCAAGCAGUUAAUUUCAGCUGGAGGGAUCUCUAAUUAUCAGGACUAUGUGACGAGAAAUGCCCUUGUGAAGCAUCUUAGGACUCAUGGUAUUGGAGGCAGUCCCGGAACAUCAUUUAGAAUACCAGAUUCUGAGAUAUUGUUAUACACAGGCAUUGAGAAUUCAUGUGAUUCCAAUUAUGAUCAGGCAAGUGUAGAAUCAAAUUCAUGGUCAAGUGAAAUAAACAACUAUGACACAGCCAAUUCCCCAUGUAACAGCAAGUCUAGUUCUGUCAAUUAUGGUGCAAGGCACUUAAAGUUUCUGCUCCAAAGUUCUAGAAGAAGAGACACAAAAGAAGCAGCCUCAGAUUUAGAAGAUGAUGUUUCUGUGAAUUCCUUCGGUUCAAGGAACAACUUGGAAGACUUUCCAAUCCCAUUGAGGCAAAGAUACUCAAAAAUGUGUUCUCUUCCAAACAACAAAAGAACACUAUCUAUAAGGACUUAUCUUCCUAGUCCUUCAGCCAAAAAACAUUUUCAUGCAGGUCUAGUACAAGGUGUGAUUAAGGUAAAGCCACAAAUGCCUCUACCUGUUCAUUCAACAUCUAAUCUUUUUCAAGAACUAUCUAUCUCUUCUCAUUCUUCGAAUAAUAAGCAAAAACGUGUUGAUAUAAUGGGACCCUCUUGCUCCAAUCGACCAAUGGAUGGUGAUGGCACACUACAAUUGAGCUAUAAGCAGGGCUCUUUCAAUAAGAAACUGAUGAAUCGAUAUUUUUCUUUUGGAGCACAUGGCCAGGCUUUGGAGGAUGCAAAUAGCUGCACGAUGUCAAAUGGCAGUUCCAAGCAUUUUAGUUCUUUAGUUGCAUAAAUGUUAAAUAGGAGCUUUGAAAAAGUUUGUGCUGAUCACGUUUAAAAAGUUCAUGUGGAAUAUGCAACAAUAAUAAUUAAUAUUAAUGAUACUGAUAAUAUAUGUUCUGUGUUCAACUA